UUUAAUUUUUAUAUGCAUAAAAGCGAGCGUCCACUCCGACCGCUGAGUACAUACUUAAAGAAAUGCGAGAUACCUUAGUAGCAGACUCAGCUUUAUAAGAAGUGAAUGUCUUCACGAAAUGGGCGAAUUUAUGCCUAUUUAUCAGCCUACGAAGGUGUUUCAAGAUCGUAGGGAAUCAAGGGAAGUAGACUAUCGGGCCUUAUAUCGGUUUAGUAAAGUUAAUGUUGAGUGGAUAAGUAACCAUUUUCUUGGAGAGAUAGAAGAAUAUAGGGGCGGUGCUUCGAGCAAUAUAGAAAGAAUGAGGGUUUUGUUACGAUAUGUGGGUGAUCCAGGAUUUCAAAUUGGCAUAGGAGAAGAUAUUGGUGUCCAUCAAUCUACGGUAUCCCGAAUCGUUACCAACGUUACAACACGCAUUGUGCAGAAGUCGAAUAUUUGGAUUAGAUUCCCAACCUCAAGUGAAGAUCUACACAAUGCUAAAAAUAAGUGGCAAGAAAAGUUCAAUUUUCCUUCAGCUAUUGGUGCUAUCGACUGCACCCAUAUACCUAUUCUGAAGCCGUUUAUUCAUGCAGACGAAUAUGUGAACAGAAAGAUCUUUGCUAGUAUAAAUGUACAAGCAACGUGCAAUUCAAACGAAGAGUUCACAAGUGUGGAUAUUUCUUGGCCAGCAUCUGUACGCGACUCUCGGAUAUGGGAGAAUUCUGAUAUUCAGGUAUACAACGUUAUGAAAUGGAAUAGGGCUAGUGCUGUUUUGUUGGGAGACUCUGGGUAUGUUAUAGCUCCUUGGCUCAUGACUCCUUUUAGGAUUGCAGAAACAGCAUAACAAAGAUCAUACAAUCGGCUGUUUACGAGAGAGCGAGUUAUAAUAGAGAGAUGUUUCGGGAAACUAAAACAGCGUUUUUCCAUUCUACAUAACAAAAUACGCAUCGAUACAGAAAAAGUGCCCUCCCUUGUCAUGAGUUGUUUUAUCUUGCAUAAUGUGGCUAAGCACCUUAAUGAUGAAGAUUUUGCUGUUGAUAUACCGGGAGAUGGCGAACAAGAAGAAAUCCAUUAUCAACAUGCUGCCGUCUAGGCAGAUGGAGUGAUACGUCAGGGAGGUCAAUUUAGAAGAGAUGCAAUAUCAAGAAUUAUUCAUGGGUUUCGGGUCUGAAAGGCUCCUUACUGGGUCCGGCUUUCAUUGUGGUAGCUUUCAGUACUAGUCCUGAACUUCCAGAUGCUUCUUUGGUGAUUGUUUCUUCUUCAGCACAGGCUGUUGGAGUGUAAUCAACGCUUUUUUGUGGGCAACCUGCCACAACAGCACCUAACAUUUUAAAUAUGUGCUAUUUAUAUUUAUUGACAUGCAUAUAUAUUAUACUCAAUCACAUCUUAUACCUACUGAAUGGAGGCACAAAAAAAUACAACUAACAUUACAAUCGAG